CGGUCGGUCGGGUUUGAACGGCCUUCUGUCCAAAACGGCGCAAAAAUGGGUAUUACACGAGAAGAGAUUAAGAAUCUUUUAAAAGAAGAAAUAGAACCCUUAGAACGAAAGUUAGACAAUCUGAACAACGGGUUUCAGGAGUUAAAACGUUUAGUUGACUUCGUAAAUGGGAAAUACGAUGAUGUACUUGCACAGUUGAAACAAGCUAAUGAGAAGAUUCAAAGACAGGGAACGAGUCUGAAGCAGAUGCGGAAAGACCUAGACGAUGCAACAAAGCAGGCUCAAGACGCAAUGAAUGGCUUUGAAAACCUGGCGGAAUAUCUAAGGAGAGACUGCCUUGAAAUUUCGGGCGUCCCGCCGAGUGAGAGUUACACGUGUAAUCAGCUUGUAAUGGCGGUUGGGCAAGCUAUCGGCGUACAAGUGAAGGAGGAAGAUAUAUCGACCUCUCACCCAUUGCCAACUUUUAAAGAAGAUGCACCACCAAAGAUAAUAGUCAAGUUCACGAGAAGGGAUAUGAGGAAUAGCUUCUAUACGAAUCGAAGGAAGCUUAUUGACAAGAAAACUAGUGACCUUCCCGAUCUUGGUAUCACUGCCGAAAGCAAAGUAUACAUAUCCGAAUCCCUGACCAGGUACAAGAAAGAGCUGUUCGGCGAAGUUAACAAGCUGAGGAAAAAGAUCAAAUGGAAACAUAUCUGGACUCAGAACAGCCGAAUCUAUGUUAAAGAAUCAGAUAAGUCGACCGUAGUGGUAAUUGAUUCAUACGAAGCCCUCGAUAAAUUUAAGAGCAGCCUUCCCCCACGUUCAAACCAGUCUUGA